ACUUCAUCUGAAAAUGAGAACUAUAAUUCUUCUCGGCCUACUGGGAGCCACAAUGUCAGCCCCCCUUAUUCCACAGCGCCUUAUGUCUGCAAGCAACAGCAAUGAGUUGCUUCUGAAUCUUAAUAAUGCUCAGCUUCAACCACUACAGCUUCAGGGCCCAUUUAAUUCAUGGAUUCCUCCUUUCCCUGGAAUUCUACAACAGCAGCAGCAGGAUCAAAUUCCAGGACUCUCCCCAUUCUCUUUAUCAACUCUCGAGCGGUUUGCUGGACUGGUCCCAAAUCAGAUAUUCGUCCCAGGACAGGUUGGUUUUGCCCAAGGAACCCAGGCAGGACAGCUGGACCCCUCACAGCCUCAGACUCCACAGCAGACCCAACGGGGCCCUAAGAAUGUUAUGCCCUCUCUGUUAUCCUUGAAAAUGCCUCAAGAGCAAGCACAGCUGCUUCAGUACUACCCAGUCUACAUGUUCCUGCCCUGGGAACAGCCUCAACAAACAGUCGCACAGUCACCGCCACAAACAAGACUGCAGCUGUUUGAGGAGCAGAUGCCAUAUUAUACUGAAUUUGGAUAUAUUCCACAACAAGUAGAACCUGUUAUGCCAGGAGGACAGCAGCAACCAGCCUUUGAUCCCUUCCUAGGUACAGCUCCUGAAAUUGCUGUGAUGCCAGCAGAAGUGUCACCAUAUUUACAAAAAGAAAUGAUAAAUUUUCAGCACACCAAUGCAGGAAUUUUCAUUCCUUCAACUUCACAAAAACCCAGCACAACAAUUUUUUUUACUUCUGCUGUGGACCCAAUCAUUACCACAGAGCUCACGGAAAAGAAGGCCAAGACUGAGAGCCUCAAGGAAUCAUAAGAUGUUGUCCUAAUUAUUCAAAGUUUAGGAGAAAAAGAUGUGGCAGCACCCUGAGUAUCAUUUUACUUCCUCAAUAUUAAUAUUGAUUCUUUGAAAACUAUGAAAUAUUUUUGGCUCUUCUCCUGAACUUCUUUUUACUUACAAAUAGCAUUAUACACUUUAAAUGUCAUAGAAAAGUAAUACAAUCAUUUAAUAAGCUUAGAUUUACAAAAUUACAUUUCUUUUUAAAUAUACUAUCAUUGCAUAAUCUGGAAAGUAACAACACAGAAUAAAGUGAGUAUCACUGGAUUAAUUGUAUAAGUGCAUUAAUAAAGGAAGGCUCUGGAAAAUGGUGGCAUCGAUGAGAAUAAAGAUAUCCUGUCAUUGGAUUUACAGGUGUGGUGACUGACACUAAUGAGCAAAAGUAUGUUCU